UCUUCCAUCAUCAUCAUCAUCUCACAUUUAGUCAAAUAGUCAACAAACCAAAACUCAAAAAGUCAAAGAUGGCAACUUCAUCUAUACCUUUUCCAUCCCUCCACCACCGGAAUCUUGACACACCCAUUACUUUCCGGCAACGGCGACCCACCGGAGUACACCUAAUCAAAGCCACUAAAGACUCCAUCCCACCUCUCUCCGCCACCUCCGCCGACACCGCCACCACCACCACCACCACCUCCACCGCCACCAACCUCCCUCUCCGGCCAAUUCCGGGAUCCUACGGCAUUCCUUUCUACCAACCACUUAAAGACCGCUUCGAAUACUUUUACGGUCCCGGUGGCCGGGACGAAUAUUUUAAAUCCCGGGUGCAUAAAUACCAGUCAACGGUGUUCCGGGCCAACAUGCCACCCGGCCCGUUUAUCUCCAACAACCCAAACGUCGUCGUUUUACUCGACGCCAAAAGCUUUCCAACCCUUUUCGAUGUUUCUAAAGUUGAAAAGAAAGAUUUGUUCACCGGAACUUACAUGCCCUCCACCGAGCUCACCGGCGGCCACCGUGUCCUCUCCUAUCUUGACCCAUCUGAGCCCAAACACGGCCCAUUAAAAAACAUGGUGUUUUUCAUGCUCAAAUCAUCAAUCAGAAGAGUCUUGCCGGAAUUUGAAACGACUUAUAACGAACUUUUUGAUGGGCUCGAAUCCGAGUUGGCCCAAAAGGGUAAAGCCCUUUUCAACGACGCCGGUGAACAGGCCGCGUUUCGGUUUCUAGGCCGGGCGUAUUUGGAAACCAACCCGGAAGAAACCAAGAUUGGAAAAGAUGGCCCGAAGUUAAUUAGCACGUGGGUGCUAUUCAACCUGGGGCCGUUACUCCGUCUUGGGCUUCCGUGGUUCGUGGAGGAGCCGCUUCUACAUACUUUUCGGCUCCCACCCGCGCUCAUAAAGAAAAAUUAUAACAAACUUUAUGAGUUUUUUGAGUCGUUUUCAUCUCCGAUUAUUAAACAUGCCGAAUCGUUGGGGAUUUCGAAAGAGGAAGCGGUUCACAACAUUUUGUUUACAAUUUGUUUUAAUACGUUUGGAGGGAUCAAGAUUUUGUUUCCGAACACGCUUAAAUGGAUUGGUCGGGCGGGUACGAAUUUGCACACUCAAUUGGCGGCAGAGAUCCGAGGUGCGAUCAAGAAUCACGGUGGGAAGGUGACGAUGGCCGCGAUGGAGCAGAUGCCGUUGAUGAAGUCCGUAGUGUACGAGUCGCUCAGGAUCGAACCACCGGUGGCGUUGCAAUACGGGAAGGCGAAACGCGACUUGACGAUUGAGUCACACGACGCCAUUUUCAAAGUCAAAGAAGGCGAAAUGUUGUUCGGGUACCAACCAUUUGCGACCAAGGAUCCGAAAGUGUUCGACCGUCCGGAAGAAUUUGUGCCAGACCGGUUUGUCGGAGCCGGGGAGGAGCUUUUGAAGUACGUGACGUGGUCUAACGGACCGGAGACGGAAGGGCCAACGGUGGGGAACAAACAGUGUGCCGGAAAAGACUUUGUGGUGUUGAUCACUCGGUUGUUUGUUGUUGAACUUUUCCGGCGAUACGAUUCGUUCGAUAUCGAGGUCGCCGCGUCUCCUUUAGGUGCUAAAGUUACGUUAACAUCCCUCAAGAGAGCUCGUUUGUGAUUUCACGGUACCGGAAAAGAUCUCCGGCGAGGGUAUUGUAGGAAAUAUAGUUAUUAUUGUGGAUGUCCACGUGUCAAUUUUGGCGUUUAUUGGUGGGUUUAGUUUUAAAUAGCAUAUGACUUGUAUAUUUUAAUGCAUGAUGGAAUUGAAUAUAUUUUAAUCGUAUAGCGUUGGUCAGAUGUAAUAUGAUGAAAGGAAUAAUAAUCGUCUUGUCCCAUUGUUUUGACA